AUGCAGAUUGUGCAGAAAGGGAGAGUUCGAUGUGCAUCCCUCUUUCCAUUUAAAACCUAGAUACAAAAAUAUAUUAGAAUGACCCCUUGAUGCUAAUUAUUUCGUACACAUUAUACAUUAUGUACAUCACAUCUACGUCAUGCAUAGCGUGAAGUCGCCUUUACAGGGUGUCUUAACAAUAACAUUGUUUUGUCUCAUGCAUCCCAGCUAGCUAGCUAACAUUAGCUGCAAAGGAAACACCCCCAAGAAGAACAGCGCGCGACCACAACAUGGCGGAGACAGAGGAGGCUAAACAAAAAUCUCAGCAUGAACUCCGACUGUCCAAGGCGUUUUGAUGAGGCCGUGAAGCUUCAGCCCCCUCAGCUGCUGAGUCACAGCGACAACACACUCCCCCUGUCAACAAGAUCUCUUUGGAGCCAGCAUCUCAACUGGACCAGUCUUCGGUGCGCCAGAAACCGGUCCAACCUAAUGCCGGUUGAGCAUGAUUUAGCAGUGAUGAUGAGGGGCAUAUAUUCCCCCACAUCUCUCGUCCCACUGCUACUACCUUCUCUCUGGCUGGUUUAGGGUCAAGCCAGCCAGAGGACGAGCUGGAUGGGGUUCCUGUGUUUGGGGCCGAUGAGGAUGAGGAGUGGGACGUUAGCCUGCCCAAGGUGGCACUGGCUGAUAUGGAGUCAGACAGAGAGUCGAGCGGACGGACGGCUGGAUCACCUGACCCACCACCGUGCAGAGCCUCAGGAUAAUGACCGGAGUUCUACCGACAGAUUCCUUAGAGUCUCACUUUCUAAUGUUAGGACAGCUUCUGAGGAGGCUUGUCCGACAGGUGAGGACGGAUUGACCAUGCGAGGUGAAAGCCAUCUUUCAACCAACCGCUCUCAGUCCCCUUCCCCAGACUCCAUCUUGGAUGGAGGAAGUCAGAGUCGACCUGUGACUGGAGGGCCCAGUCGUCAAGAGAGGCCGGAGAGUCUGUUCCAGAACUCAGCGGUAGGGGACAGUGAGGAGACGCGCGUCUCUCCUCUCAUGAACAUCAAGGAUGAGCCCAUCGAUGAAGGAUAUGACUGUGCUCUUUUACCGUCAACACGGAAUAUCAAAGAGGAACUGGACAACACAGCCCCUGAGGAGGAGCUGCGGAUCAGUUCUGUCUUUUCCGUUGGUGGAGGAAAUGCCUAUGGAUCGCCCAUUGGCUCUACUGCAACGUCACAGACCACCACCUCCUCCUCCUACACAUUUGGACCAGGAAGAAGUGUAGUUCCACAGGGACCAACGAUGACCCUCCGGAGCCUGGCUCCAAUGCCCCAGCCCCCCCAGUCUCAGGCCCCCAGCAGCUCCAACACAGCCAACGCAGUGCGUGUGUCAUGCUCUGGCUGCUCUAAGAUCCUGCUGCGUGGUCAGACUGCCUUUCAGCGUAAAGGAUCCACACAGCUCUUUUGCUCCACUGUAUGCCUCACUGGGUUCACCCUGCCUCCUGUCAAACUGAGAACCUGCUACCAGUGCCUCAAGGAGAUCGAGGACCCCAAGGAUGUGAUUAGUGUAAUUACAGACAAUAAUCUGAAGGACUUCUGCAGCCAGUUCUGCCUCUCCGUGUUCAACCGAAGGAGGAAACCAGGGCCUUCUUCCAUUUUGCCUUCGUUCCAUGAGCCCGCUGCCCCAAAGUGCAGCAUGUGCAAGAAGAGUGACACGAUACAGCACGAGGUGACUCACCAGGGCUCCUUGCAUAAACUGUGCAGCGAUGAGUGUUUCAUGCGCUUCCGCUCCUCCCACAACCUGGUCAUAAACGUCUGUGAGAGCUGUGGCGAGUACUGCGCCAGUACUGACAGGAACUGCCGGACAUUUCGUGUAGAGGGUGUUACCAUGAAGUUCUGCAGUCCCACCUGCAUUAGCACUUAUAAACGGACGACCACCAAGGUGAUGCCAUGCAGCCACUGUCGUGACCUGAGGCUCAUGUCUGACAUGGUGGAGAGCACCGACUCAGAGGGCAAGGUGGAACUGUUCUGCAACCCCAUCUGUGUCACUAACAGCCGGCCACCUAGUGACUUGUCAGGAGCAGCGUUUCCCUGUACCUACUGUAAAGUCAAGGCCGUCUCUCAGUACCACCUGGCCAUGGUCGACGGCAGUAUCCGCAACUUCUGCUCAUACGCCUGCGUCAAAACCUUCCGGGAGGGCGAAGGCAACCAGCCUCCCCCCCAGCAGGGCCAGAUGAAUGGCUCCUCAUUCCCUGCUCCUCACACGCCAACACCAUACCUCCAGAACCCUCCAGCACCACCCCAGGGUUACCCUCACCCUUACCCCCCAACCUGGGUACCCACCUCCAGCCACCCGUACACCCCAACUCAGACCUCGGCUCCACCUUUACACUACAGAGCUGCACCAAGUUUGGCACGGUCCUACGGGCCAGGGCAGCAUCAGUCAGGUCCGCCCGUGCCCCCCUCCCCUUCUUCGUCCUCGUCCUUUACCUCCAACCCAGCGGGGCCUGUGAAACUGUCCUGCUUUCAGUGCCCUCAGCAAUUCCGAUGGAAGCCUGAACUCUAUGAGUACAAUGGUCGCACCAUGCAGUUCUGUAGCAAACCAUGCAGUUUUGAGUUUAAGAAACUGUGUAAUAUCAUAGUGAGGUGUGAGUAUUGCAAGCUGGAGAAGGUGGCCAAAGAAGUCAUCAGAUAUGAUCUCAUUGACAGGCACUUCUGCAGCGAGAGUUGUAAGCUGCUCUUCAAGCACGACAUGAAGGGGCCAUGGCGAACGUGUGCCUACUGUGCUGACAUCAGUCCCAAGAUGAUCCACAACCACUUUGGGGGCAAGAUGCAAGAGUUCUGCCGGGAGGCUUGCAUGUCCAGCUACACUGUUCUCUUCUAUGAGAUGGCCAAGUGUGAAUGCUGCAGACGUCAAGGCAAGAUGAAAGAGCAGCUCAAGUGUUUCGGGUCCGUACGGCAUUUCUGCAACCUGGAGUGUGUCAUUCAGUAUUGCUAUCAGACCUUCCAGCAACACCCUCGGACCAGCAACGGCACCGCUUCUGCACACGGUCGGUCCCAACCUCCGUUCCCCCUGUCAAAGCCGGCUCCCGUCAUUGCUGAUGUGGUCUCGUUGGCCACCUGUCCCGCCGGCCAGCCCCCUGCCACGGCUGCCACUGCCCUCACAGGAGCGCUUCCCACUUCUAACUCUCACGGCAAGAGCCUCGGCCAUGCGAGCACCCAGACGGACGCCAUGAGGAUCUCAGCCCGCCGCAGGGUCAUGAAGAACAAAGCCAUCAUCUGUAAACCCCUAAUGCUGGACCAGGAAACCAGCUGUCAGAUGCCCACGCAGACCCCGGACAUACCCCCAGCGCCAAUGGGCUUUGCAGAGACUGGGUUCACGUACACGGAGAAUGGGGAGAAAGUGAGGGUGGUUGUAAUGCCCGUUCCAGUGCCAGUCUUCAUUCCGGUGCCCAUGAACCUGUACAGCCAGUACACCCCUGUGCCCAUGGGCAUCCCUGUGCCCGUCCCCGUGCCCAUUGUAAUACCCCCGUCGUUGCACCGUUCAGAGCUCAAGGCCAGGAAGGACUGUGUCCCUCCUCAGACCGCGACGGAGCAGCAGCAGGAGGAGGAGGAGAAAGAUAAACCUGUCUCCCAUGGAGAUCAAGGCAGUGCUUACAGCGGAGACCUGGAGUCAGAAGCUGUGUCCACCCCCCACAGCUGGGGGGGGGAGGAUGAGUCCACAUCCCACCCCCAGAGAGGGGCCAAGGGCCCCGUCGAGCCACCCAGCACAGCCUCCUCCUCACCCAGCAUGAUGGAUCUGGAGGCUGACUUCCCCCCUGAGUCGUUGGAUCCUGGCGUGGUGAUGGGGCAGAGAGUGGCGGUAAAGAUCCGACGAUGUAAGAGACCAAGAGAAGACUUCCCUCCCAGUAAACGGAUAUGUAAGCGAAGUGGGACUAUGGACAUGGUGGAGCACACUGUUUCACUGCCUCCUGCCAGAUCGAAACUCCAGCACAAAUAUGGGGUGAAAGCCUGGAAGCAUUGGGUCCUGCAGAGGAACAAGCAGUUUAACUGUGAAUUUCCCAAAGAUGCCUCAGCUAAAUCCAUGGUCGUAAAGGAGGACGUGUUGCAGUGUAACUCAUCGGAGCUUAGUUACGGCCUGUGUCGCUUCAUUAGCGAGGUCCGUCGCCCCAACGGCCAGGCAUACCCCGCUGAUAGCAUCUUCUACCUCUGUCUGGGCAUACAGCAGUAUCUGUUUGAGAACGGAAGAGUAGAGAAUAUCUUCACUGAUGUGCUCUACCACAAAUUCACCAUGGAAAUUACUAUGAUGCUACAUUACUGGAGACCUUCCCUGCUGCCCAGUGGCUACCUACAUUCCCGUGUGGAGGAGGACUACCUGUGGGACUGUAAGCAACUGGGGGCUUACUCUCCUAUCGUGCUGCUCAACACGCUGCUCUUCUUUGGUACCAAGCUAUUCCAGUUCAAGACCCUGGGCCAACAUAGACAGCUGUCCUUCGCCAAUUUCACCCGCUGCACUAGAGUUACCAAGAACGGCAAGAGCGCCUUCCUAAGGUUUAAGCCUUGUCGGGAGGUUUCAGACACUGCAGAGCUGCUAGCAAACCCUGCCCAGACGAAGCAGGAUGAAGAGGACGGCGAUAUGGAGAUGCCUGAGAACACCGAGAACCCCCUCCGCUGCCCUGUUAGGCUCUACGAGUUCUACCUCUCCAAAUGCUCGGAGUCGGUGAAGAAUAGUCCAUACCUGUUUUACCUCCAGCCCGAGCUCUGCUGUCACUCCAACAGCCUGCUGUGGUACUCUGACCAGCAACUAGAGGGCGCUGCACUGGAGAGCAUGCUCACGCUGAUCCUGGCAGUACGGGAGGUGCACGUGAACGAGGCCACGAUGCAUCAGCACUCUACCGAAGGCUCGGCGGCUUCCACAGAUGACGAUGAUGACAGCUCCUAGUGGAGGUCACAGACUGGUGAAAUGGCGCCCUGGCCCCCAGGUAGUGGUGCACGACUUUAGAUCCGGGCCGCUUCUGGUCUGAAGCUGUGCACUGGGGGGUCGGGUCCCAUUGUCAGAUGCAAUUAUGGACAUGCCGCAAAACAUGCACAAUCAUGUAAAGACAAUAUACCAUAACGUCGGAUACACUUCAUUUAGUUUUUUCAUUAUGUCUUUGUUUUCUAGUUUCUAGUUUUAGAGGAAGAAUGGAGUCACAGCUAAAAAAAAAAAAACGCAAACAUUAAAAUCCUGUUAUUGUUA